CGAAGCUUAUUUGACAGGCGUUCCCAGCUACCCGAGUAGCUGUAACUGGCAGCCAAACUGUAGACAUGUGUGGAAUCUUCGCCUAUCUCAACUACCAUGUGCCAAGGAAUCGCCGUGAGAUCCUUGAGAUACUCCUCAAAGGUCUGCGCCGUUUGGAGUACAGAGGCUACGACUCAGCUGGUGUGGGAAUUGACGGUGGCAAUGGCAAGGACUGGGAGCAAAAUGCCAAAAGCAUCCAGCUGAUCAAGCAACGUGGAAAAGUGAAGGCUCUUGAUGAGGAGAUCAACAAGCAGCAGGAUAUUGACCUAGAUGUGGAGUUUGAUGUUCACCUCGGCAUUGCUCACACCCGCUGGGCCACCCAUGGUGUGCCAAGCCCUGUCAACAGCCAUCCACAUAGAUCUGACAAGAGUAAUGAGUUCAUUGUCAUCCACAAUGGAAUUAUCACCAACUACAAAGACCUGAGGAAAUUCCUGGAGAGCAAAGGCUACGAGUUUGAGUCAGAGACUGACACAGAGUCUAUUGCCAAGCUGGUGAAGUACAUGUUUGACAACCGGGAGAGUGAUGACAUCAGUUUCGCUACACUUGUGGAGCGGGUGACCCAGCAGCUGGAGGGAGCUUUUGCCCUUGUCUUCAAGAGUGUCCACUACCCCGGAGAGGCUGUCGUCACAAGGAGGGGGAGUCCCCUGCUGAUUGGAGUUAGGAGUGAUCACAAGCUGUCUACUGAUCAUAUUCCUGUGCUCUACCGUUCCUCUAAAGACAAGAAGGGCUGUACUGCCCUGCCCAGGACGGACCAGGACACCUGCCUGUUCCCUGUGGAUGAGAAAGCUGUGGAGUACUACUUUGCCUCUGAUGCAAGCGCAGUGAUUGAGCACACAAACCGUGUGAUCUUCCUGGAGGAUGACGACGUGGCUGCCGUGAGUGACGGCCGGCUGUCCAUCCACAGGAUGAAACGCAAGACCGGGGACUAUCCAGCCCGUGCCAUCCAGACCCUGCAGAUGGAGCUGCAGCAGAUUAUGAAGGGCAACUACAGCUCCUUCAUGCAAAAGGAGAUCUUUGAGCAGCCAGAGUCUGUGGUCAACACCAUGAGGGGGAGAAUCAACUUUGACAACAACACAGUGACACUGGGUGGACUGAAGGACCACAUCAAAGAGAUCCAGAGGUGUCGGCGACUUAUCCUUAUUGCCUGCGGCACCAGCUACCAUGCCGGGGUAGCGACCCGCCAGGUCCUGGAGGAGCUUACCGAGCUGCCUGUCAUGGUGGAGCUGGCCAGUGACUUCCUGGAUAGGAACACUCCCGUCUUCCGAGACGAUGUCUGCUUCUUCAUCAGCCAGUCAGGAGAGACUGCUGACAGCCUUAUGGCCCUGCGCUACUGUAAGGAGAGAGGAGCUCUGACUGUGGGUGUCACCAACACAGUGGGCAGCUCCAUCUCAAGGGAGACCGACUGUGGAGUCCACAUCAACGCCGGGCCUGAGAUUGGAGUAGCCAGCACCAAGGCCUACACCAGCCAGUUUGUGGCCCUGAUCAUGUUUGCACUGUUGAUGUGUGAUGACAGAAUUUCCAUGCAGCCCAGACGCCGAGAGAUAAUCCAGGGUCUGCGAGUGCUUCCAGAUCUGAUUAAGGAGGUCCUCAGUUUGGAUGAUGAGAUCCAGAAGUUGGCAACAGAGCUGUACCAGCAGAAGAGUGUACUGAUCAUGGGCAGAGGCUACCACUAUGCUACCUGCCUGGAAGGAGCACUGAAAAUCAAGGAAAUCACGUACAUGCAUUCAGAGGGCAUUCUUGCCGGAGAGCUGAAACACGGUCCCCUGGCCCUGGUGGAUAAACUCAUGCCGGUCAUCAUGAUCAUCAUGAGAGACCAUACCUACGUCAAAUGUCAGAACGCCUUGCAGCAAAUUGUUGCCCGCCAGGGCCGCCCCAUCGUGAUCUGUGACAAAGACGAUUACGAGACCGUCAAGAACUGCAGCCGCACCAUCAAAGUGCCUCACUGUGUGGACUGCCUGCAGGGCAUCCUGAGCGUCAUCCCGCUGCAGCUGCUGUCCUUCCACCUGGCGGUCCUCCGAGGUUACGACGUGGACUGUCCAAGAAACCUGGCCAAGUCUGUGACCGUCGAGUGAACCGCACCGUGCAUCACAUAACAACAAAGCCCGGCAGACGCACAUUCAAACGCGUACAGACGGUGAGGGAGCGUCUGUAUGCAGAAACCAAGAGAAGACAAUGUCCCGUUUAUGUGUCUCGUGUCUCGGCCCUUUUUAAUGCAAACUUUUACGCGACAGUUGUGUAUCUCACUGUUGCAUAUUAUCUGUAUUUCACUGUCUCUUUUCUCAGAAACUUUUUGGCAUCAUUGUCGUAUUAAUGUUAGAGAAGUUGUCACAUACGUGGUGGUGAGGUCUGGGCUGGCACCGACAUAUCUUCCAUUUCUUUGGGUUUGUGAAGCCGUAGCAACUGACACUGACCGUUUUGGGUUAUUUUUUACAUCCAUGCUGAAUAUUUGUAAGCAAGCCCUCCAUGUUUGUGCUGAUUAGUCUCACUGGGAGCAUCUUGGAGCUGCUGUUAAAGCGACUGACAGAGGUUGGGUUUUAAAGACCUCGCUGGCUCUUUUUUUUUUUUUUCUUUAGUGCAAUGAUUUAUAGUUUAGUUUGGAUAUUUUUCUUUGGCAGCUAAUCAUUUGAAGUGUCUUUACUCCACAGUUGAAGUAAACGACCAUCUUAAAUCAUUCCAAGCCACAGGUCAUCGCUUCUUCAUAAUUGCAGCGCAGUUUGCCAGUUUUGACUCAGUUUUCUCUCUUGGACUUUCUUCUGAAGGACACACAACUUAUUGCAGGAGCAACAUCACAUUAGAUCACAGAAACUUUUGUGAAUACACUGCUGUGUAAAAUCUUGGAAAAGUUACAAAAACUCGUUGUUGUGCAUAUACACAGUGUUUCGGACUUUAAACUCUGGUCUUGGUGGGCUUGGAUAACGAGAAUGAGCCUCGUUUACUGAGCCACUUACACCAGUGUUACAUUUUGUUUAGUUGCAAAACACUAUUUCUGCUUUUACCGUUCUCUUUACAUUAUACAUUAAACUCUAAAGCUAUGUGUACAGUUUAGUGUUUGACUCUUUUGUUAAUCUCUGUUGCCUCUCUGCUCAAAAGAGAGACCUUAUCGCUGAUUUAAGGUCUCCAGUUUACAUUUACGAUAUAAACUGAAGUUAUUCAAGUGAGAUGAAGUUAUGUAACUGAAGCAGAAGUUGCGCCCAGUUGCCAGCCCACAGCUCGCCACCACGACCACUGCAAUAUUGGGACCAUUUGUAGCUCUUCUUUCUAUCUUUUGUUAUAUUUAAUUUUUUUUUAAGGAAUUUUAUAUUAUCGAAGUUACGCUUUGAUUUGAAAUGUGAACUGUCAUUUGAAAUGUCCUGUCAAACCAAAAAUCUCUACAGUGGCUUUGGCAGUUGUAAACCAAAACAUAUAUAUUUUAUAUGUUAAUCCUAAACUGUAGCCAAACAUGUACUGAUGCUGGUAGAUUGUGCGGUUUGAAGAUGCUUCAAGGCCUAAAGGGGGCAUAUACACAGUUUUAUGGCAGUGUGUCAUAUUGUAGAUGUCUAUUUAGAUAGAAAGUCAGAUGCCAGCUGUGUGUGUGUAUGUGUGUGAUCCCAAAUGUCUUUGUUUCAAAUGCCAAGGAAAGAUUGAUGUACACACGUGGUUGCGUAGUGAAGGAAUAGGAGCUGCUCAUUUUCUUUUUUUCUUUUUUUUUUAAGUCCAUCACAUUGAGUUUAAUAUUUAUCUUGCUUUUGCAAUCAAGCCUUAACUUUUGCAUUUCUUUCCCCUCCCUGAUCAUUAAGCUUUUCCUGAGCCAGUGAAAAGGGUUUGAAAACUGGACAAUGUUGUUACAGGUACUUUUUGUAACCCACAUACUGUACAUGCUGUAAGCAGAUUUUGAUUUCUUGACUGGAGGUAUCGACAAGGACGCUGCACUGAAUCCUAGCAACAUCUGUUGGAAGCUGUUGGUUUACUGAGGGAGUGGAGCACUAUGUAUUAGUGGAGCGAUGCAAUAAAGUGUCAAGUACUUCCCUUUU